UCCCCUUGCCUAACGAACAACGCCAUUUGUACUCGAAACUGUGGGUUUUCCCGUCGUCAUACAUUUUUAUACAACUACACUUCAAAGUGAAAGAAGGAAGGGAUUCCAAAUAUGGUCAUGCGGAGCGUACAAUAUCAGCAAUAGGGCCUUGAGUAUGGUGAUGUUUUCUGCACAAGUAUUUGUACCUUGGAUUCUCUUUACUGUCAAAAUAGAACUUCUCAAGUAUGUCUGCCAGAGAGGACCUCCAGAAGUCACUGCAGGAGGAACUGGUGGACAGGUCACAAGAGGAAAAGCUGCAGAAUUAUCCACGAAUGAAAGAGAUGACACGUUAUUUCCUCCAUAGAGCACAGCAUGAUUUUAAAUUUAUCCACCACUGCGUGAAGCUGUUACUGGAGGCAUACAUUCACACGCAAGGAGAAGAGGACUGCAAAAGCGGAUCACAUGCUUUUUUUGCUUUUCAUGUGUUUUUCCUAAAUUUGUAUGAUUUUCCAUACAAAAAGGAACAUAAAACAAUUAAGAGAUACAAUGGUUUUUUUCAAGCGAAAAUUAUGAACGAGCUCAAGGAAGCCGAGAGACUACUUGAACUCCUAGGCUACAAGUCAACCAACACUUAUUGCUGGGUGCUUCAAGGCAAACUGAACAGAAAAAUUUUAGCGGAGCUUGCUUGUGACUGUUAUAUUGCACAUGUUGAGUGUUUGAUAAUUCAGAAUAUUUAUGAAAACGUACGCGGAAUGAAUUAUUCUGUAAUACAUGUAUGGCAAUGUCGGACUGAAUUUGAAGGUAGCGAGGAAGAAUGUAUUGAAUGGAUUAGGUUAAAUGUUAACAGACCAAAAAACAAAACGAUUGCUCAUGUUGCAUCUGGGCAUUCGAAACCUGCUGUAGCCACUGAGAGUGUUGGUGACAACUUGAUGAAUACCAGGUUUGUAGUCGGACUGACGCAGUCACAGUCACAGAAAAAGCAUAUGGUGGAUUCAGCAUAUAUGAGCAAAAGUCAUAGGUCAUUUCCCGGCGGUAUCAGCACCGUCCCUUUAGAUACAGAAAUUCCAGACGACGCCAUCUAUGCCACAGAUGGAGGGCGUCAUGAUAGUGGGAAUGAAAGUGAGCACGAUAUGUACUCAGAGGCCACCCAGGAUGAAUUCAUUCAACAAAGCCUACAGCUUUUGAAAGAAGACAGACCAUCUAGCACCGGUGCUUUAGCAGAAUUUUCGUCUCCUGCCGAGGGCGGGGAGUGGGACUUUGUGUACAACAAGCUGAGGGACACAGAGGGAGAUCAGUACUUUGAAGGAGAGAGAGGGGACAUCCUGAAAAAGAUUAAUGUUGGGGUUCAACAGCAGCAAAAAUCUACCAGACCAGAGCUCAACGAUAAAGACAGACUUCAUCUUGGGGCGACGAGGUACAGCGAAGCAGCCAGAAGACCAACAGCUUUACCAAGGUCUAGAGCCCUUGUUACCUGUGGCGAGCAGGCACACCGUUCCUUCGCUAACACAUUUAGCAAACCACCAAACACAGUGUCUGUCGACGGACCAGCCAGCCCUACUUCGCCUUCUGGGGUGAAACAUUUACCUGGUACAGCAGAGGUUGCUUAUCCCCCAUCAUACUAUAAAGAACCUGCUUGUAGGGACGGACACCUGGAUGCACGGGAAAAGCCAGAUGGCAUCUCUGUGCAGAACCUUCACCAAGAUGACAUAGGCGGGAAGUUUGGUUUUUCUGGUUCCUCCCAGCCGCAGUAUUUUAAACAAGCUGACACGAUAUCCGCUACGGAUAGAGUCGCACCAUUGCGUGUAUCCUUGCCUUACCAGGUAGGUCCAUCCAAUCAAGUUUCACCAUCAAGAGUCCAAGUCGUGAAACCGCUUGCUCCCCGAGAACCCAAAUCGCUUAACAGUCCCUUGGUGAAUAAGGGAAACGUGGACGUGCAGAUGUGGAAAUGUGAAGCGUGUACCUACGUCAAUCUGUCGGAUUCUCCCAUUUGCGAAAUGUGUGACAGAAGCCGAACGCCUAAGGUGAAAACCAUGACGAUAGGAGGACCAGAUUGCCCCCAGUGCACUCUGGUCAACGAACCGGGAUCGCUUAGUUGUGCUGCUUGUGGUUACGGACUUGCUGGAGCGCCGACGUACAUUUAGAUGUCUUCAUCACUCAACACUUAUUCCUAGCAAGGAUACCAGAUGGCAUAUAGAACUACCGGGAUGAUUAGAUUAUGAUAUUUUAUUUGGAUCGACGCGUUUAAACAUGCUUAUCUCCAUUUUCUACACUUACUGGUAUGUUAUCUUUGAGAACUGUUCAAAGUGACGGGUUAUAUUUCACGACUUUAUCAUAAGCUAUUUAUCCGGCGUAAUCAUGGUAUACAUGUAAAAGCUUUAUGUAUGGUUUCUUAUGGCAACCAUUCCAAAAUCACCGCCUCCCUCACCGCCUCACAAAUGGAUUGUUCGUUUGCUAGUAAUAGUGUUUAAAACAAUAUUAUAAUUAGAAAAUAUUCGUGAUGAAAGAACAUCUUUACAAAAUAUUACGUAUAAGGAUUAUUAAUGAACACAGCAAUACGUGCUCAACUACGGAACCCAUAUGCUGUGAAGAAUGCCGACCGUCUGUGCUAGACCAAAACAGUCUGGGAAUGAAUAAUGGACAUCGUUAACGAUCCAAGGCAAUGAACUGUACAUGUAUGGUCAUUUUCGUAUUCGGACCGAAACAAACUCAAUAAAUUAAGUUAGGUUUCUAAUUUUGUUUUAAUAGUUGAUGAUUUAAUGACACAGUUAAAUUUGAAUAGCGUGUUGUCGCUUUGUCAAUUUUAUUUGUUAAAUGGAGAAAAUAGCUUUUUUAAAAGAAAGGAGGAUGAAAUUGGGAAUAAUCACUGUUGUGCAUUAAUACUAGUAACUUGCUUUCUACAAUAUACUUUGAUUACUUACUUUUAUAUUAGUUGCAAUCAGAAUUAGAAGCUUGGGAAAUUUAGUAAAUUUCAUUAACAGUUA